CAUAGGAAGUGUUUUUGCUCAUCCACGCAGAACAUGUUUUUAUGUGUUUUGGCUUUCUAAUGAAAACAUUUAAGUGGGCGGUACAUAGAGCAUUAGCCAAUCUAAUACAUUUGUAGCAAACAAAGAUGUUGGAGGGGGCGGGACACUGUAGGGAAAUGUUCGAGCAUGUCGUAUGCCAAAUAAUGAAACUUCGCAAUAUAAUGUAAACAGCUAUAUCACAAAUAUACAAGCGUGUAUAUUUUAUAUACAUUAUUAUGUAAUGUUCCUGAAAAGAUGGUGUAAAGAUUAGAAUGGGCAGAGAUUCUUGAGUUUCGUUUUAAGAUGGAUGCGUCUGGAUCACAACAACUGUUCGAUGACUGGGACGAUAUUAGCGACUCGGAAUUCCUCAACAUCCCUUCCGAGCAACAAAGCAUAGAGCCCCAUCUCAAUAGUGAAUCUGCUGUUAAACACUCAGUGACCUUUGAAAGCCCCUGUGCCUCCACCUCAUCAGUGCACAACAGGACUGCAGAGGCUUUGGGAAAAGAAACUGUAAAUACAGAAAAUGUGAGGGGUUUAAAGAGAAAAAGCCUUCAUGAAAACAGCUGCAGCCCAAUGCAACGCUUCUUCAAGCGGCAUCUGAAUGUGACCCUCCUGUGCGACCAGUCUUGGUGUGAGAUGAAGACUGUUUACGGUCUUUUAAAGCCAUUUGUCAAGAGAAAGGAAAUGCAACGUGCUGAGGUGCAGAUCGGAAAGGAAAUUCAUUUAUCAAGAGAACGGGAGAUUCAGGAUGUUGUCCGUGUAAAUAUCUGCACUAGAGAAGAUGCAGAAGCCAUCAAACUUCUUAAAAUGUUGCACAUGACACCGCUGUUGGAAGCAGGAGAACGUGUGCGAGAGUUUCCUGUCUUUGGUGUGCUGGAAGGUGUUUAUGUCAUGGGGGUCAUUGAUGAACUCGUGUAUAACCAGAAGGGGGAGCUGGUCCUAAAUGAGCUCAAGACACGCAAACAGAACUCCUUGCCUAGUUCUGCACAAGAUAAAGUCAACUGUUUCCAGGUUGGCCUAUAUAAAUUACUAUUUGAUGGACUGGUGAGAGGAGAAGUGAAGAAAGACCAUGUUUUAAAUCACCUUAAACUGCGUUCAGGUCAAGUACUCGGAGCAGGAGUCCAGGCCCAUGCUAAAAGCAUUGGGGUCCAGGUGACUACCUUUGAGGAACUGGUUGAUGCUCUGCUAAUAACUGUGUCUAGUUCUGAUCUUCCAUGCAUUGACCUGCUUCAGAUUGAAUACUAUCACCAAGGCUCUAGUGGAACCAUUGGGACAAGGGUCGCUCCUUUCGAUGAAGCCCAACUACGGGCAGAGCUUCAGAGUCAUCUGGCCUACUGGAGAGGUCGGAGGGAACCCAAAGGGGUGGACAUAGAAGAGGCCUGGAAAUGUAAAUCAUGCCUUUACGAACAAACUUGUAAUUGGACAAAGAAUAGAUUGCAAGUAUCUGACCAACAAGCAGAUCAUGCUAGUUCAUGAUUCAGCAUUUUACAGAUAAUACAAACAUUUGUAUGUGGCGACUAUUUUUGUCAUGUUAUUAACUUUUAUACUUUAAUUAUUGUCUUAUGUGUACUGUCUUAUAGAUUUAAAUAUGCAUAUAUUAUGUGAAUGUUAUUGUGCAGCUCUAUAAUGACUGUGAGUGAAGCGUUGUGAAUUCAUAAUGCAUUAUAUAAUGCAUAAUGCAUUUUUUGAUUAGAAUGGCUUUUUAAUGGAAGCAGGCUGAAAGCUUGCUCACUUUGUGUGCAUUAAGAAGUUUAUGUCACUUAGCUAGUGGAGCUAGUGGCGGAUAUAAUGCUGAUAAAAACAUAAUGCAUUGAAGUGAACAAAUUACAUACAGAAAUUCUUAAAUUAAAAUACAUAUAUGUAUUUUAUAUAUAUAUUAGUAUUGUUUGUAGCCAUUAUAUAAAAAUAGUGUAAAAUAAAUUAUUAAUAGGUUAAGUUAAAAUAUUAAUCCUUAACUAAAUUAUGAAGUAUUUUUUGUUUUAUUGUUUAUUUAUGCUGUAUGUCACUAACAAAUUAUUUUAAUUGGAUGAUAAAAUGUGUGCCGUUAGAUGUUGCUAUUUUACCAUUUCUUAUUUACUAAAUCACUGAAUGUUUAGAAUUUAUGUUGAGCCAUAUCUGCAACACGAUAACAUGAUAAACAAUUUGAUAACUAUGACCUUAUCAGUUUGUGUUUGACAGUUGCUAAUAUUAAAUCUGUGAUGCGCUGUG